CUCAUUUGGGAGCCCCAGUACAAACAACGCCUAAGCAAAAACUCGAUACUUUCGAUCUUCGCAUUGGCUACGUUAAUUGUUAAUCAGAUACACUGCUUUGGCCAGGAAAUCUGGAAAUAAGAAAUAAUGUCAUUUCCCGUCACACUUGAAGACGUCAAUGAGGCUCAUGAACGGAUUGCCAAACACAUACAUAGGACUCCUGUAUUUACGUGUGAAACAAUUGAUAAUAUAGUCCAAAGGAACGUGUUUUUUAAAGCUGAAAACUUGCAGAAAACAGGAUCUUUCAAACCGAGAGGAGCGUUGAAUUCUAUUCUGAAGCUAAAAGAAGAAAAUUCUAAUGUGGCUGGUGUUGUGACACACAGCAGCGGAAACCAUGGGAUGGCCGUAGCCUGGGCAGCCAGAAAGGCGGGAAUUCCAUGUACUGUUGUGGUAGCUCGGGGAACCCCAGAGGUCAAAAUUCAAGCUAUCAAAGGUUACGGGGCAGAUCUGGUCAUUUGUGAGCCUAGUCCUACGUCAAGGGUGGAGACAUGUGACCUAAUAGCAAAGGAGAAGGGGUAUUUCAUAGUUCAUUCAUAUGAUUCAUACAACACUAUAGCUGGCCAAGGCACAAUGGCGGUUGAGUUCUUGGAGGAAGUACCUGAGUUAGAUGCUAUACUCGUGGCAAUAAGUGGCGGAGGGAUGACAGCUGGUGUAGCAGUUGCAGCUAAAGCAAUCAAGCCAAACAUAAAAAUAUUUGCAGUUGAAGCCUAUGGUAAAGAAUUGGAACCAUGUCUCAAAGCCAAUACAAGGUUAUGGAGGAAUCCUCCGCAAUUUAUAGACACAAUUGCCGAGGGGAUUCGUAUCCAACAGGUCGGACACAAAACAUUCCCCAUCGUGUGUGAGCUAGUUGAGAAACAAGUUUUCACUGUGACUGAUGACGAGAUGGUUGAAGCCAUGAAAUUCACCUGGCAGAGAAUGAAGUUGAUGAUAGAAGCGAGUUCUGCCGCAGGAGUUCACGCAGUUAUGUCAGAACAAAUGCGACAGUUAGACCCUUCACUAAAAAAUAUCGGAGUGAUACUUUGUGGCGGAAACGUAGACGUUAAUAACCUCCCUUGGUGAAUACCGCAAACCUUCUUGAGGACUUCGUGGACCUCCGAGAGCUGUAAAUCAUUGAAACUUAUUUGACACUAGGGAAAAUAUAGCACAUAAGGCUCAAGGUGAUGCAUAUACAGGGUUUUAACCUCAGAACUAUACACUACAUGUACCAUAUAUGAAUUAUUUACAUUUGUGAAUAUACGUUUUAAAGAUUUAUGAAUACUAUAUAUACUUUUGAUAUUUUACAUUUUGUAUUUUUAUGUAACCUAAUAUCAAGU